CGAAUAUAGUACUACGAAUCCAGAUGAAUUAUGCUUCAUGUAUAGUACAAGUCGACCGAAAAUCCAAUCGAUCGACCUAUUUCUAUAUUCGCUCGUUCGUUGUCAAAUCUCGCCUCCAUUUACUCUAAAGUGUUGUAUCUCUAUAGUUACCCGUUCUUUUACACACGUUAAGUACUUCAUUCCUGCCGCCAUGUCUCGUUUUUAUCCGAUCCUUCUUCAACAGGUCGUCUCAUUUUCUCUUCUUUGUCAUUCGUUUGCCCCUCAAGUCGCUCUUUCUAGGUUUCCAAGUAGAGACUUAUUAAUUAAUAGAACGAGGUGGUACCAUCAUGGGUUAUCUCAAACACCUCGUAACCCUCCUUUCCUCCCUCACCUUAGUUUCAUCCCAACUGCAGGCGGGAAAUGCUACUAUUCAGGGCUUCACUAAGGAGGGGAUCGCAGCCCUGAAUGCCGCGAUGCACCAGUGGGUGGACGAUGGUAAAGGCGCCGGCGUUGUCACUCUGGUUGCUCGUCACGGCGAGAUUGUGAGCCAUGAUGCCUACGGGGUGUUGAAUGCCUCCGCAGCCACGAAAACUCCGGUAGAGAAGGACUCGAUUUUCUCCAUCAUGUCAAUGACUAAGCCCGUCGUCGGUGUGUCAAUGAUGAUGUUCUAUGAGGAAGGGAAAUGGAAGUUGGAUGAUCCAGUCUCGAAGCACAUCCCCGAAUUUGCAGACCUUCAGGUCCGGGAGGCGAAUGGUUCCCUGGUGCCGCAGAAGACCCCGAUGACUAUGGCUCAGCUAAUGAGCCACUCAGCCGGGUUUCCUGCCCAGCUUACGGUCAACAGUUCAACGCUGCAAACGAUCAUCCCUCCGCUAGUAGCGGGCCAACUAGCGUUCCAGCCAGGAACGGAUUGGCGAUAUGGGCCGGGCGUUGAAAUCCAAGGUUACUUGAUCGAGAAAUGGGCGGGCAAGGACCUGUCCGACUUCAUGGAGGAACGCCUAUUCCGACCCCUCGGCUUAAAGGACACCGGCUUCUGGGUCGAUCCAUGCAAGAUUAACCGCGUUUCCGCGCUCCACUCCGCGAUCGGCGGCCGCGUCACAACCAUCUCUUCCCCGUUCGGCUCCGGAAUAGCGACAUCCAAACCCACGCGUCUCUCCCCUUCCGGCGGCCUCUACUCCACGGCCGAAGACUACUGGCGCUUCAGCCAAAUGGUGCUCAACGGCGGCGAGUUCGAGGGCACGCGCUACCUCAACACGAGCACCGUCAAGCUGAUGCACACCAACGUCUUGGCCGAGGGCGUAGCGAUCGUAAACGGCGGCGUGGGCGCCGCGCGCAGCCCGGGCACGGGAUUCGGCCUGGACUUUGCCAUCAUCUUGGAUGGGCCGGCGUCCAAGCAAAGCAUGCCGGAGGGCAGCUUCUACUGGGGCGGGGCGUUCGGCACGUGGUUCUGGAUCGAUCCGACGGAUGAUGUAGUCGUGGUGGGUAUGAUUCAGAAUCUUGGGGGCGCCUUGUCUGGGGAUGGCUCGCUUCGGGAGGCAUCGGCGAAGGGGACCUAUGCGGCGUUGCAGCGGGACGCUUGUUCGAAGUAGCGGAGGGCGAAGUACUCGAUAUCGUGCAACAACGUUCGAUGCUUUUAUUGUUGACUAAAUAUCAUAUUGGAUACCAGUACAUAUCAUUUCGGUGCGCCAACGCUUCAAAGACCACAGCUAAUUACCUGUUGCUUCAUGCCCAAGUCAAACCAAGCUUCCCUUGCUUGAAGUACCCUUACCAGUUUGCUCCGUUUUUCUUCUGUUAUUUCUCCUCGAUAAUACCUGGUAAGCGAACAAUGUUAGUGAAAAGCUGUUGCCGCUAACUAUCAAAUGGACCAACUGGCGAGCACUGAUUUGAGCCCAUGGCGUAGCAACCUCGCUUUUGGGCUAUGGGAGAGCCUCCUCGGGUUCAUGAGGCUGUACUAGAAACGGCAUCUCAGCCCAGCCUUGUUGGUGGGAUACCUCUGUCGAGCGAGGACG